AAACCUCAUUCCAAGCUCUCUUCAUUGGUUCAUAGCUAGCUAGUUCGCCUCCCAAAAACACCUGCCCUCGUGCGUGGCAGGAGCACGGGCACGAUGAUCAGCACAGCGCACAGCCGGCAGCAGCACCAUGCCUUCGAGAAGAGCCCUGGCAACAGCCACAUGAAGAGCAUCGACAGGAAGCUGCAGCAGGCCAUGAGCCAGGCGGCCAGCAAGUACAUGCAGAGGAUCUACCCUCUAGGCAUGCAGAGGAGCAGCUCCAGCCUCACAUUGUCGUCGCUCUCGCUGUCGCAGAACUCCAACGACUCCUCCAUCAGCAGCUCCAACUCCAGCUGGGAGCCCAAGGUGCCGCUGCUCUACGGCGGCACCUUCAGCCCAUGGGGCGACGUCAUGGUGUCUCGGGAGAUGAGGCGGGAGGACGAUGACAAGGUCAGUGACCAUGACGUCGAAGGAGGCGAGGAGGACUUGGACUGCAGUGAGCCGGGGAGCCUGCGUAGGUGCAGCUGGAUCACCAAGAACAGUGACGAGGCGUACGUCCAGUUCCACGACGAGUGCUGGGGCGUCCCUGUGUACAGCGACAACCGGCUGUUCGAGCUUCUGUCGCUGUCAGGGAUGCUGAUCGACCACAACUGGACGGAGAUACUGAAGCGGCGGGACAUGUACAGGGAGGCGUUCGCCGACUUCGACCCCAGCGCGGUGGCGCGGAUGGAGGAGGAGGACGUGGCGGAGAUCAGCGGCGACAGGGAGCUGAGGAUCGCCGAGUGCAGGGUCCGGUGCAUCGUGGAGAACGCCAGGUGCAUCCAGAGGGUGGCCAGGGAGUUCGGCUCCUUCAGCGGCUACAUGUGGGGCCACGUGAACCACCGGCCGGUGGUGGGCAAGUACCGCCACCACAAGUACAUCCCGUUCCGGACGCCCAAGUCGGAGGCGGUGAGCAAGGACCUCGUCCGCCGGGGCUUCCGCCUCGUCGGCCCCGUCAUCGUCUACUCUUUCAUGCAGGCCGCCGGCAUGGCCAUCGACCACCUCGUCGACUGCUUCCGCUUCCACGACUGCGUCCGCCUCGCCGAGCGCUCCUGGGGCAUCACCAACGUCGCCGCGUAGGCGUAGCCAGCCGGCCCCUCAAUAUCUGUGCAUGCAUGCCUCUCCAAGUUUUUCACACCUUCUUCUUGGUGUUGUUAUUGUUUUUUUGUUUGGAGAUCGGAAUUGUGUGUGAAAUUACGUAGAGUAUGUACUCUACUAAGUUAUGAUGUAAUACUUCUAUUAACUCUUUGCCAAUGAAAAGUAGUACUGAAC